AUGCAAGGGAGGAAAGCAAGAGGGUCCGAGCGACGGUUAGCUCACCUGACCAACGCGGUGGCGAUUCUGACGCAGAAGCUGAUGGGAGAUCCCCUCUGCACCAGAACGAAGGAGUUGUUGAAAGUGAAGGAGGGUCAGCUGAAAGUGUAUCAGGCGUCCAGGAAGGAGCGGCUGCACCUUCAGGCGGGCUCCACGGCGGAGAUGACAGGAGAGAUCGCCUCAAAGCAUCUCUCGGCGAAGGUGCAGGCGCGGAAGGUUCGCACUCGAAUCUCGGAGUUGAAGGACGGCGCGGUGUCGAUUACCGGUUCCAAAGAAAUCCUGGAGGCGGCGUCGGGCUACUUCAGGAAUAUCUUCGGAGCUGAUCGUCGUGUCAAAGGCGCAGAGUGGAGUUUUAACCCAGCUCGCCGGGUGGACGAAAGGGUGGCUGAAACAUUGACAGCAGAAUGGACGGAACAGGAGGUGAAGAAAGCAUUUGCGUCAAUGGCGAGAAAUAAGUCACCUGGCAGUGACGGUCUGCCGAAGGAGCUGUUUGAGGCACACUGGGACCUGCUGGGGGAAAGUUUCAUGGUAAUGGCGAAAAGCUUCGAGAGCAGCGCCUCUCUGCCGGCCGAAGUGAAGGAAGCGGUGACGAUUUUGCUGCACAAGAAGGGAGACAAGGAGCAGCUUAAUAAUUACCGCCCAAUCACUCUGCUGAAUUUCACCCACAAAGUACUGGCGCGGGUGGUAGCAGAUCGUAUGAAAUCUGUGUUGCACAUGGUUAUCUCACCGGAGCAGUACGGCUUUAUUCCUGGUCGGCGUCUAUCGGAUGCGGUCGCGCUGGUGGCGGAUAUCAUCAAAGGCGCGAGAAACGGAAAGGAGGAUUGGUACCUGCUUCUGGUUGACUUCCAGAAAGCGUUUGACUCAGUCUCGAGGGAUUUUCGCUUCAGCGUGCUGGAGAAGAUGGGCUUCCCAGAGCGGCUUAUCGGUUGGGUAAAGGGCCUGCACGAGGGAACGACGACAAAGCUUCUUAUUAACGGCUGGCUCGGAGACGGAGUGGACGUGGUUUCUGGGGUCCGGCAAGGCUGCCCCCUGGCGCCAUACCUGUUUCUGUGCGCGGUGGAGCCGUUGGCUCAAGAAGUGGAGAGGCGGGGGCUUGGUCUUGAGAAGGAAGGACACCGGCUCGGGUACCUCGGAUAUGCGGAUGAUACGACUUUAGUCCUGCAAGGAAGGGAGCAGAUCAGUCAGGCGGAGGAAUUACUGGAUCGUUUUGAGAAGGCGUCGGGAUUGGCGACGAACAAGUCGAAAUCAGUGGUCUUACCUCUGGGGGAUAACAUUGGAGCGACUGAUGGCGGAGCCAGUGGCUUCAAAUGGGCCGGUGCGGAUGAAGCAGAACGGUUACUGGGGGUAUGGGUGACGCCGUCCGGCAACGGUCUGCCAACCUGGGAGAAGACGUGGAGCCGUGUAUCGGAGAAGCUGACCAAAUGGCAGUUAAAAUACCUGACAAUCACAGCAAGAGCAACAGUGGUUAACCAUUACAUCACGCCAAUUCUGGCGUUUCAAGCGCAAAUUUACCCGCCGCCGGCAAAUAUCUGCGCGGUCCCCAUGUUCGGCUUUUUCAAAAAGGGCAAGCAGCAGCCGCAGCAGCCACACCCGCCGCCGGCCGGCCAGCCCGGAUACCCUCCCCCACCCGCGGGGUAUGCGCAGGGCGGCUACGCGCCAGCUGCGCCGCCGCCCGCGGGCUACGGCGGAGCGCCGGGGGGGUAUGGGCAGGCGGGGGCAUAUGGCGGGGCAGCGGGGGGCGGCGGCGGGGGGAGGGCGCAGAUGUCGUUCCAGCAGAAGUACGGGUUUAUUCCGGACUCGUUUCAGAACAUACAGCAGGUGCAGGAGAAGCUGCGCGAGGUGGGGCUGGAGUCCAGCAAUCUCAUCGUAGCCGUUGAUUUCACCAAGAGCAACGAAUGGACAGGCAAGCACACAUUCGGUGGGCGGUGUCUACACGCAAUAGGCCCACACAUGAACCCGUACGAGCAGGCCAUUCAGAUCAUUGGAGAGACGCUCGAGCCCUUUGAUGAGGACAACCUCAUCCCCGCCUUCGGCUUUGGCGAUGCCACAACGCAUGACAAGGCAGUGUUUUCAUUCAACCCCGACAACCGCCCGUGCAACGGCAUUGCAGAGACGCUCGCCCGUUACCGUGCCAUCGCCCCCCAGGUCAAGCUCUCAGGCCCCACGUCCUUUGCCCCGGCCAUAGAGGCAGCAGUUCGCAUAGUGGAGGAGAGUGGUGGCAACUACCACGUGCUGCUCAUCAUCGCUGACGGCCAGGUGACGCGCAGUGCAGACGUGCCGCCUGGGCAGCUGAGCAAGCAGGAGCGCGCCACUGUGGACGCCAUCGUUGCUGCCAGCAACUAUGCUCUGUCCAUAGUGCUCGUGGGGGUGGGCGACGGGCCAUGGGACGUGAUGCAUGGCUUUGACGACCUGCUGCCCGCGCGGGCCUUCGACAACUUCCAGUUCGUGGACUGUUCGCAGAUCCUGGCAGCGCCGGGCCCACACGAGCAGAAGGCGGUGCGCUUUGCUCUGAGUGCGCUGAUGGAGGUGCCGCUGCAGUUCAAGGCGUGCAGCGAGAUGGGCACGCUGGGCAAGCGCAUAGGCCGCAUGCCACCCACCCCGCCACUGCCUCCCCCACCACGAGUGCUCGAGAUGGAUGCUGCUGCCGCUGCGGGCAUGGCCAUGGGGUACCAGCAACAGCAGCAGCCACCACCAUAUUCCCAGCAGCAACCGCCCCCUUACUACCAGCAGCAGCAGCAGCAGCCGUACCCUGGCGCCCCCCCUUCCAGCUAUCCCACCGCCCCCUCCGCCCCCCCUGCACCCUCCGCCCCUCCUGCACCGGACCAGUUCUCGUCGCAAGAGGGUGGGUAUCCGCCGCCUCCUCAAGGGGGGUAUGGGCAGCAAGGUGGUUUCCCCCCUCCUCAGCAGGGUGGUUACUCUUCUCAACAGGGUGGUUAUCCCCCACAGCCAAACCAACAGGGUGGUUACCCUCCACAGCAGGGUGGUUACUCCUCUCAACCUGGCGGUUACCCCCCACAGCACGCCGGUUCUCCCACACAGCAGGGUGGUUAUUUGUCCCAGUCAGGCGCGUAUACCCCUCCCCCACAGCAAGGCUACAAGCCGCCCUACUGA